UUGAGAGAGAAGACAAUUUCUGGAGAGAUAUAUAGCCGGAGAGAAAAGAGAGAAUGUUCACAUUUUAAGUCUCGUGUUCCCACAUAAUCAAUUCAUCGCCCAAUCCAUUUUCUCCUCUGCAACUAUUCAUGUCUUCUGUCUCUUUCACCAGUCUCCUCACCUCCGACCACCACUCUACCACCACCUCCUCCGCCGUGAGCAGAGGCCUCGGUGAUCGGAUAGCUGAGAGGACUGGCUCUGGUGUUCCCAAAUUCAAGUCCCUGCCGCCGCCUUCGCUGCCGAUAACUCCCCUCUCCGUCGCUUCGCCUUCUUCCUGGUUCGCUAUUCCACCCGGCCUCAGCCCCGCCGAGCUUCUCGAUUCUCCAAUUCUUCUUCCCGCUUCCAAUAUUUUGCCGUCUCCGACCACCGGGACUUUUCCGAUUCAGGAUUUCGGUUGGAAGAGUGGUUCCAGUAGAAACGAUAUCAAGCUCGAACACAGCAACUACUCAGAAUUCUGUUUCCAAACCCAAAAGCCUUUGCCGUCUUAUAAUUUGUUGAACCAGGGUGAUGAGAGAUGGAAUUACCAACAGUCCGCCAAUCCAAACGAUCAACACAAACCAAGCGCGAAAUCGGAAAUCGAUCAAACGCCGAGCUACUCGCCGGAAAUGGCUGCGAUCCAAGGAAACGAUCAAAGCUGCAACACCGCGCAAAUAGAAUACAAUCACUACAAUCAGAAGCAAGCAUCGUCACAGAAUCGUAAGUCAGAUGAUGGCUACAACUGGAGGAAAUACGGGCAGAAGCAGGUGAAGGGGAGAGAAAAUCCGAGAAGCUAUUACAAGUGCACCUUCGCCAAUUGCUCGAUGAAGAAGAAAGUGGAAACGGAUUUAGACGGACGGAUCACUGAGAUCGUCUACAAAGGCAAUCACAACCAUCCCAAGCCUCAAUCCACUCGAAGAUCGUUGUUGUCUUCUUCAUCGGCUUCUUCAUCCGUACACCACCAGUCCUACUCUGCACAAAUCUCCGAGCAAUCGUACGGCCAGGAGAGGAUCGAUUCUUCCGUCGCAACUCCCGACAACUCGACGAUUUCGAUUGGGGAUGAUGAGCUGGAGCAGAGCUCGCGCAAGAGUAGGUCCGGUGGAGAUGAGAUCGACGAUGAAGAGCCUCGUACCAAGAGAUGGAAAUGCGAGAGUGAGAGUGAAUGCGUUUCUGCAGUUGGAAGCAGGGCAGUGAGAGAACCCAGAGUGGUAGUUCAGACGACUAGCGACAUUGAUAUCCUCGACGAUGGCUACCGAUGGAGAAAGUAUGGGCAGAAAGUGGUGAAGGGGAAUCCAAAUCCUAGGAGCUACUACAAGUGCACGACUCCAGAGUGCGCGGUGAGGAAGCAUGUGGAGCGGGCAUCUCAGGAUCCCCGGUCAGUGAUAACAACGUACGAAGGGAAGCACAACCACGACAUCCCUGCUGCUCGUGGUAGUGGUAGUGGUAAUGGUUAUGGCAGGCUGAGCAGCAAUGCUGGUGCAGCCAUAAGGCCGACCCCAUUGCCAAAUAACGGUAUGAGGCAGCCCAUGAUCGAUGGCUAUGACAUGGGAAGCUAUGGCUACUCGAGUUUUGGAACCUACGACACUACACCGUUUUCGAGAGCCAAAGAUGAGCCUAAAGAUGACUUGUUUCUCGAGUCAUUGUUGUGCUGAAUUGAGAUCAGAUCACUAUGUGUUGUUGUGUGCAGAAGAAAACUAUUUAACUGAUGGCUUGAAAUUCCUGGUUUACACAAUUUGGGUUUUGAGAGGGUGUAUUUUUUUAUUAGGUGUAGGUUUCGAAUUAUUGAUUGUUCAUUUUUUUGGGUUCUUGAUAUUUGUUUGUAAUGCACAUACAUAUAUAUAUUUCUUGUACAUCCCGAGAGA